AAGCGAAGAACCUCCUUGGAAAUGUAGGCAUGGCUGGGGACAUUGGGCCCAACAUCGCUCGGACGAUCAUAUGCAACUCGCCCCGGAAAUAGCUUCACGAAUCCAUUUCUAGCAGCCUGACUACCUCCUCUAGCUCCUCACAAGCGUGCUUCCCGCUUGCCGAUCUUGUUGUCACUGUCCAGCCCGACGUCAUGUUCACCGCGCCGCAAAAGCUUCUCAUGAGGCCGUGAAGAUCGUGAGGAGCAAACCGAGUAGGUUUCGAGGAACUACCGGCGCGCGGUUUCUACUUGAAGCGCACGAUGAUGAUGGCGAUGGCGAUCUCGUAGCCGAGGAACGUCGUCACAGUUCUUCAUGCUGCGCCGUAAUGAUGACUCGAAAAGAAAAGCGCUGCGAUCUUCACUACGCACAUGUCUCUCUCCUUUGCCAUCAUAUUCCAACAUCGACAGGUCCCGCGACAGCUCGAUAUGGCGUUGAUCCUUUUCUCAUGGGCGCUACUCCAGUCGACGGUGAUGGCUCGUGAGAGCGUACGCCCUGGCCGGCCAAUAUCAGGAUUCGCCGCUCUUAGCGUCGCUGACCACAGUCCCAACAGCACGCACACUGUCAGCUUCGAGCAUGCAGGAUUGGGCACGUGGAAUUGGACAGUUCGCGUCAGCGAUGUCAACAUGCCGAACGCCUCGCUCUUUCAACUGACAGAUGCGCAUGUCGCCUACACGACUCAUUCCUUCACCUGGCCUUCUGGAGGGACCCUUGAUGAUGCUCUGCAGGCAGAGGUCGCGCAGAAGCCAGAGCUCGCGGGAUCUAGUUCAUGCGCGCUUCUUGUCGACGCUCUCUUUUCCUUGAAUGUGACCGAGAAAUAUGAUCCCACCAGCUCUGACUGUACUAGUAUGCUGGGUGCCGAGUGUGUGAAGGCACUCAUGGACCUUAUCGGAGGCAUUCGCAGCGAUUGCUCUGAUUUCAGUACCUCGACUACUGCUGUGUCGCAAUCGUGCGGUGGCACCUUCGGGGUAGCGCUCGGCGAUGGCUACGGCUUUUCCAGUGCACGUUUUGGUAAUUAUAGCAAAUCAAGCUCGAAUGGAACCACAUUAGUUUCCAAGGGUGAACCAUACGCGUACGCGAUCAGUGAGGCUUACGCUGCCGGCAACCGCACGGCUUACGAUCUACAAGCCAGCAAUGUGCACAUACUUGGAUUGAAGGGCGUGUACACCAGCCCUGCUAGUCUGAUUUGUAAUCGCGCAGCCGCUUCAAACAAUCCCCAACCUUCGGGCAGUAACUCCACCAGCAACAGCGGUACCGGUGGUAAUGCGAAGGUUGAUCACAACUCCGCCACUUGCAUUCAAAGCGAUAUGGGGUUCGCGCUCGGCCUUACCACCUCAAUAAUUGUGGCGCUGCUGUCGUUGUGAGAGAUUCCCAUCAGGACACAAUGCCGAGCAAUCAGCGUCAAGAACGAUAGCGGAUUACAAUGGUGCAUCGGUGCGGUAUGCCUUGUUGAGAUAGUCUGUCGAUCGCCGUUACAUUCGUGGUGUCAAAUUCCACCAACAAGCUUAUUAAAAAGUCGGCGUGGCCGAGGAAAGGAUUCAGUCGCGCAAUGAGAUCGGCUUUAGUCGAGCCUUACGCGGGUGCACAGCGUAGGGGACCCCGUCGGAUACUGCGGUAUGCAUGGAGCGACCUAGCACAUUUCACAUCGGCGUUCCCGCCUAUGAUCUGCGCUUACUUUUGAUUUAGA